CGCCGAGUCGCGCAAGCCGGCGUCAGAGCAGCAAAAUGGUAGUGAGAAUGGGCAGUAAUAAUUCGCUGUAAUUAUUCGCUCAGGGCCAGCUCAGGCAGCCGAAAGCUUGCAAGUCGCCUUUCGACGCCGCACCCCUCGUCCAUCAGUGCCGAUCGGCCAGGUCAGCCCUCCGUCGAGCUCCAGUCAGCAGCAGAAGUGGUGCCAUUGACAAUAGUUUGCUACUCCUGCGGACACACCCCUCUCGCUACAGCCUUGACUCGCGACUCGGGUGUUAUUUUGCAAGCCGCGGCUCUUCUGUGCUAAUUAAGCAGCGGCCAUGGCCGUUCGAAUGGAGACUCCGGCCACCAGGAAGGUCAACUACAAGACCAUGGUGAGUACCAACAACAUCCACUCUGCGCAUUUCACCAUCCACUCCGAAGCCGAGGCCGGUGCUACAGUUCCUAGAGCAGCCUACGGAGGACAAAAAGGCGCAGGAGGUCCUCGGCCAUCAAACAACAUGACUCCCACCUCAGCUGGCUCCACCGCCUACAGACCCGCCCCCGCGGCUGGGCAACAGCAGCAACAGAGCUGGGGCGGCGGCGGAGGCGGCGGGGGCAGCGCAGCGUACGCGCCCAAUGCCUCCAUGCGCUUCGCGGCUCCGAUCUCCGUUUCGGCGCCCUCGUAUUCGGCGCCGGCUUACCAGCAGCACAAUUCGGUGAGUACCCGUUUGUCAACAGCGAGCGAACCACUUUGGAUUUGGCAAAGCAAACACAGCCGAGCAGUGAGUGUUAAUGGAUUACCAGCAACUGUCGAGAGUCGUGGUAGCUAUUCUAACCAAGCACAGGGCGCGCCCCAGGGGCAACAGCGGGUGCCGACGGCCGCCUCGCCGGCCACCACCAACAGCAGCGGCAGCAGCAGCAACGCUGGCUCGCAAAAUGGCACCAUCAGCACCAGUGUCAGCACCGGCGGCACCGGAUCCGAGCAACUGUCCAAGACCAACCUCUACAUCAGGGGCCUCAACCAAAACACAACGGACAAGGACCUCGUCGCCAUGUGCUCUCAGUACGGAACCAUAACCUCAACAAAAGCCAUUCUGGACAAGAAUACUAAUAAAUGUAAAGGGUAUGGUUUUGUCGAUUUCGAAAGCCCGGUGGCUGCCGAGACCGCAGUAAAAUCCUUGCAAGCAAAAGGGAUACAAGCUCAGAUGGCCAAAGUGGGUAUCUCACUUGUGCAUCGUAGGCAAAGUCAACAAGAGCAGGACCCAACUAACCUAUAUAUAGCUAAUUUACCAUUGAACUACAAGGAAAAUGAUCUUGACGCGUUGCUAACCAAAUAUGGACAAGUCAUAUCUACUAGGAUUCUUAGAGACACAAACGGGCAGAGCAAAGGAGUCGGCUUUGCCAGGAUGGAAUCGAAGGAGAAGUGCGAGCAGAUCAUCCAGAUGUUCAACUCGCAACAACUGCAGGGCUCCAAGGAGCCGCUGCUCGUCAAGUUCGCCGACGGUGGCAACAAGAAGAGGAACGCCAUGUAUAAGAGCCCGGAACAAAGGAUGUGGGCGAAAGAGAUGGGCGAGGGCGCGCCGGUGGCCUACGACCAGUCCCUGAUGGCCCAGAACGGCAUCCCCACUCAGCUGCUGCCCGCCCUGAACCACCAGUACGGCAGACCCUACACCAGCCAAAUCCAAAGCUACUCAAUGCCCAACCCAGCGUGGAUGCCUGCCCAGUAUGUGAUGCAGCCUCACUUACAACAGGUCGAGAUGAUGCCCUCCACGGACCCGACCUUGCAGUACGCCGGCUCAAUGAUCCCACAGCUCACGACACACAUGUCAGCGCUGCAACUAGGAACAUCUGGCUCGUACAUCGCGGCAGGACAUCCACACUACGGCUUCUACCCUCCAGCAGCCUCCAUCAUCCACACAAUGCCCAUGGAGUCUGAGCAACCCUCAAACGCGACCUCACCUGAUGAAUAUCAGCCCUAUCAGAAUCAACCAACCAAAUGGCAGACUGGAUAUGACUGAAAGAUGUACUUUUUCAUUUCAACGAAGGAGGUUUUUUCUUCUCUCUCACACAACAAGACAAGACAAGAGGAGCUACUGCUUUUUCCGCGCCGCAAGAUAGCCACGCUCAAGAGUCAUUGACACAAGGGAUUGCCUUUCUGCCUGGAGAGUUGAGAAUUGUUAUUUUUAGGCUCUUUGGUGCUGAUUCCCUUUUUAUUAGGAAAAUGUCUCUUGCGUCGCUAUUGCCAGGCGAAUUUAACCGCGCGCGCAGGCUUCGAAAAAGUUAAAAGCUCUCAUCUUCCGACCUCCUUCCUGUCAAAACACACACUUACACACGCGCAUACACAUAAGCCAGAAAUAAGUAUAGAGAAAAAAAAGUAAACUAAACAAGGGAAUCGAGUGACGCAAAAGUUAAAAAAUGAGGACGACAACGCGCAUUUUAGUAUGCUCAGAAAAUUCUUCCGAAGCACGCAUCAUCAGAACAAAAAUUGAAACUGUUUAAAAACCGAGUGUCGACAUCUGCGACCGUAGUACGUUUUGAAAAAGGCAACACACGCGAAAAUCUAUCUAUCGACUGCCCACCUGCCUGGAUUUGUGUAUUUAUUUUAAAUUAGUUAUUUAUUGCCUCAAGUAAUGUUUAAAUUAUUCAGCGCCACAUUCCAGCCAGAUUAUUAACGGAUAUUUAAUUAUUUAUUGAUUUCCUCUCGAGUCAUUUGCAAUGAGUUUUGCAAAAGUUGCAAAUGCGCCCAGCAACCAAUUUUUUUUUUAAAAGUAGUGUCUUUUGUUUCGUUUCGGACACUUUUACACAAGAACAUGCAAACAACACACGUGCACACAUACCUGCGAAUGUGUUAAUUUGACUCUUGAUAGUCUCUUAUCGGAAACAUCAAAACUCACACACACGCAUACACACACACAGACACACACAUGUAAGAGAUGAAUGGAAAUUUAUUUAGAUAUUGUGCCUUUCAGAAUAUCCUUAGUAACUGUAGUAGUGGAAAACAUAAGAAGCGGAUUUUCUCUGAAAUGAAAAGAUGAUGAAACAACCAAAGCCAAAUUACCUUCUAGUUCAUUGUUUGUUAAUUUUUCUAUAUGUUGUAGUAGUUUAUUGUAAUAGAGAGCAUAAAACGGGAUUUAACUCAACCAGUCGAAAAUAGUCCUCCUUUCGUAAUUGCAGAAGAUACGAUGGUGAAAAAAUGAUAAUUAAAUUUUAUAAAGAAAGAACUACAAGAAACUGACAGGGACCUGGUUUCUACACACAUAGCAAACUGAUUAUUCCCAGACUCCUCUUAUUCGUAGGCUGAAUUAUAAAUGUGACAACGUAGACAAAUACUGUAGUGUGAAUAUCUAAAAAUGACGUAAGCAAAAAACGAACGAAGAGCUUGUUUUUCACGAAAAACCACAAACAAAAAUGUUGAAAUGCGAACACAGCAGUGAACGUGAUUUGUAUUGCCAAACUAACAGCUAGCACAAAAGUAAAAAUGCACGCGAAUCGGAUUUUUAUUCAGCGCAGAAGGACAAUGGGGAUAAGUUCUAAUACAUAAUACACUCUCUCACAGAUAUAUUUUUUACUGAAUUUGAUGUUGAGAAAAGAAAGGCGCAUUGGAAAUUGGUUGAACUGAGAUGCUGGACAUACCGCGGGAUUGAACGAAACAAAAAAUCAACAGAGAAUAUCAAUGAACAAAAAUUUGAGAAAGCUGAUGAGGGCCUGCUUUUGUUCGAAAGAGGCGCCACUUGAUGCGAAAAAACCGAGUUGAAAACCACAACAACUGCAGAAAAAACCUUUCACGAUGAUUUCUGCUGCUCGUCUCGACAGCGGAGUUUGUAGAUUUUUUGUAGAUAAUUUAACUUUUAAGAUGUUAGGCCAAGUGUUUGUUUGUUUUUUUCGCCGACAUCGGACACAGCCAAGAACCUGAAAUCGAGACACACGUUGAUGAUGACUUUGCGAAAAAAAAGAGAAAAUUAAUGAGAGAUGAGAAACGUGAAGUUUUUAAUUUGCGUGGUGCACUUUUAGUGUCAUUAGAUUUAAGCUCCUAGCGUAGUGAAAAGAAGAUGAAGAAAAAACUAGCACGUAAGGCCCGAAAAAGAAAGGAAGAUCGAUGAGCAAAAACAAUUUGCGCUUCGGUGUUGUUGAGAAACCCAGGCGCUUUGAUUUCCUCUUCUUUCUUGUUACAUCUCGUUUUUGUUUUCGAUUGUGAGCUGAAAAAACUUUUUGAUGAGAUGAUCAAGUGUGUGUGUGUUUGAGAGCGCGCGGCCUCUGUUGCGAGUUCAGAGGAGAAGAGUGUGCAAGCGAGCAAGCGAUGAUCCGAGUGAACGCGGAACCUAGUUUGUAGACAAAUUUCUAGUUGUUAAGUCGAAAAAGAUUUCUUCUAGUGUGUAGCUAGUGACGUAGGCGAAACUUAACGUUUAAGGAAAAACAAUGUUCUUUGGUGUAAGGAGGUUGGCAUGUAGCCGAAAACAAACGCAGACAUUGGCCGCGCGCGCGCGCGUCCCGCCGGCCGCCGCCGUCACCGCGCACGCAGCUGACUGGGGCAUUCGAGGCCAUUCAGAAAAAUUACAACAAGUGCCCUUAGUUUUCUUCUAUGCUAUUUUGUCGACGCGCUGUUGCAUAAUAUAAUUUAUUUUCUAACCGAUGAAAGAAAGAAAGAAAGAAUGAGACGGCCAUCGGAACGGCGGGCGAGGCAAGCGGGCGUCCGGCGCCAAUGUUCAAGUUCCUUGUAAAUAUUCAGUCAGUGUGGCUACAUUCCAGCCUCCGGUAGGUUAAAAUUAAGGAAACACACAGACACACCCACACACAGAAAGAAAAAGAUGAGAAAGAAAGAAAGAAAGAACACGCUGUAAAAAUCGAAGAUUUGAAUUUAAGUCUUUAAACGCUAUAUCAAAAUGGAGGAGAACGCGAUGAGAAGAUUUUCUGUUACGAGACAAAAAAUCUCACCACGCGCGAGUUGUAAAAAAGAUUUAUUGAGGAAGAGAAAGAAGUAAAUUUAACUGACAGAGAGAUGCAGUAAUUUGUUCAACUUGCCAUUGAAUUAGAAGAAAAGAAAGUACGCGCAGUGGAAUUUUUGUUUAAACGAUAAGAGAAACACACUCACACUGUAGUUGACGAGUUAUUGUGCGUUCAAGUUCAGUUCCGAGAGCAAAAAACACACACGAGCGAGCCCACAAAUGAGCAUUCCUGUCUUCCCAUCUUUGAUGAGAGAAAAUGAUUUCUGGGCUGCAGAUCUUGAAUUGAUUUUUGCUAAUGGUUUCAUCAAAAAAAGAAAGAAAACGAAAAUAGGCAGGAGAAAAAGAAGAAAAUGAUGUUUGAAGAAAUUUGAGAUAAAAAAGAUAAGACUACUAGGAUCUUUAUUGAGUGUGAUGCAGUGACUGGCGCGAAAUUGUGACCAAACACGCUGUUCCAGCAGUCAGCGAGCGGCAGGUGCGUUUAGUGAAAAGCAACGUGCAUAUACACGCGGAAAUCGCGUGUGUAAACGGCAGACGUCUCCUCCCCCACCCGCGGCCCCCACCCGCCCCCCAGCCCCCGGCCCCCUCUUCUCUUAAUUACUUGUUGUUGAUCCAUGUUCGUAUUUUAUUGAUUUUUUUCCUGUUUGUUGAUUUUUGUCGCCUCUUCCAACGAUUUACUCGACGAUUUUAUAAUGUUGAAUAAUGUGUGUAAAAAUGUGGGAAAUCUACUGAGUAUUCAUAGCCUCACAAUACUUACGAGAAAAAAAGAAAGAACGGCAAGACGAUGAAGCGCCCGCGCCACCGUACCUUUUUUAGGCGCCCGGGCCGCGAUAAAUAAAUUAUUUUUAUAAAGACUGCAAAAUCUAGAUUAAUAUAAUUAUUUUUUGUAUAAGCUAGCUAUAAAAAAGUGAAAACACGCGCGAGGGAAAAUGAUGAUUGUUGAAUUUUUUCUAAAAUUUAUACGAUGAAGAAACAAACUCACCACGAAAUAGACGUGUAAAAUAAAAACUGUCAUACACACACGUACGCUACCCUCCAAACAAACAAAUACACACACACACACACACAAACUCUCAGACUAAUAUCUCAUGAGCACAGUUCAGGAAUCCAGAGACACACACACAAAACACACACGCACGCACCCUCAAACCAAAUAUCCGAUCACAUUCGGGAAAACCAGCCUCCUGAGUAUAUAGUUUUCUUUCCGUGUAUGAUUUUUAUUAGUGCACACUCCACUUUUACAGCGACCAAAGCAGAUGCCUUUCUGGGCAAAUUUCUCUCAGCUAGCCAGUCCCGAAAUUUCCCACACAAAAAAUCGCCCUCCGCACUUUUGGUUUCCAGCUGAUUUUCCGCAACAGUUGAAACUGCCCAGAAAGUGUCAAAGUUAAAACUCUCACUCAACUGAUAAAAUAUCGUAACGAUGUAGAAAAUGAAGACUACUCCCAAUAGUCUGUUGUUGAUUGUACAAAUUCUAUGUCUAGAGUAAAAUAUUUAUUGUUUUGUUUUUAUUGAUUGCUUUUGUUUUUAUGUUGAUAGUGUAAAAUACUGCCCCUUGCCUUGACUGUAUGCUUUCUCUCUUUCUGCCCCCGCCCCCCGGCCCCCCGCCAAUCUGCCUCUCGCCGUCACCAGUUUCGUCUCGCGCGGAGGAGCACGCUCGCGCCGAAAAGUCGAAAAGCGAUUUCCGCCGCCUAAUCAUUAAAUUAUUGAAUAUUUAAAUAAAACGAAAACUCGUUCGUUCGGUCACUCUCACGCAACGCGCAAGCUGCAAACCGAGUUUGCGCCAGGAGGCUAAUGAAUACAUUGCUGUCGCUGGGUUGUCCCAGCGCGAUUGGUCGAUCCAUUGAUUAACCAUAGGUUCUCUUGUCAAUAAAGGUCCGUGUAAAAAAUUA